AUGUUUGGAAGAGCACCGAAGAAGAGCGAUAACACUAAGUACUAUGAGAUCCUUGGGGUCCCGAAUACUGCUUCCCAGGACGAUCUAAAGAAGGCUUAUAGGAAAGCUGCCAUUAAGAAUCAUCCUGACAAGGGUGGAGAUCCUGAGAAGUUUAAAGAGCUGGCUCAAGCAUAUGAGGUACUGAGUGACCCAGAGAAGCGUGAGAUAUAUGAUCAGUAUGGUGAGGACGCCUUGAAGGAAGGAAUGGGUGGUGGAGGUGGGGGCCAUGACCCCUUUGACAUCUUCCAAUCCUUCUUUGGUGGCAAUCCUUUUGGAGGUGGUGGUGGUAGCAGCAGGGGCCGAAGGCAACGAAGGGGAGAAGAUGUCAUUCAUCCUCUCAAAGUUUCUCUUGAGGACCUCUACAACGGAACUUCUAAAAAACUAUCUCUUUCACGUAAUGUAAUUUGCUCGAAGUGUAAGGGCAAGGGUUCAAAAUCAGGUGCUUCAAUGAAAUGUGCAGGCUGUCAAGGUUCGGGAAUGAAAGUUUCCAUCAGACAUCUUGGCCCAUCUAUGAUCCAGCAAAUGCAGCAUCCUUGUAAUGAAUGCAAGGGUACUGGAGAGACCAUCAAUGAUAAGGAUCGGUGCCCACAGUGCAAGGGUGAGAAAGUGGUGCAGGAGAAGAAGGUGCUCGAAGUCCAUGUAGAGAAGGGCAUGCAAAAUGGGCAGAAGAUCACAUUUCCUGGAGAGGCUGAUGAAGCUCCUGACACAGUUACUGGUGAUAUUGUAUUUGUCUUGCAACAAAAAGAGCACCCUAAGUUUAAGCGAAAGGGUGAUGACGUAUUUGUUGAGCACACAUUGAGCUUAACUGAAGCACUCUGUGGGUUCCAGUUUAUCUUGACCCAUUUGGAUAGUAGACAGCUUCUCAUCAAAUCUCAGCCUGGAGAGGUUGUUAAGCCUGAUCAAUUCAAGGCCAUAAAUGAUGAAGGAAUGCCUAUGUACCAGAGGCCAUUCAUGAGGGGGAAGUUGUACAUCCACUUCACAGUGGAAUUCCCUGAUUCAUUGACGCCGGAGCAGUGCAAGGCACUGGAGGGUGUGCUGCCAGCUAGGCCUUCAAUGCAGAUGACAGACAUGGAGCUGGAUGAAUGUGAGGAGACAACUCUGCAUGAUGUCAACAUAGAAGAGGAGAUGCGAAGGAAGCAGCAAGCAGCUCAAGAAGCUUACGAUGAAGAUGACGACAUGCAUGGUGGGGCACAGAGGGUACAAUGUGCACAGCAAUGAUUGAAGGAAGCAUGGUUUGCUCGUCUAUAGGUGGUCAGUCUUGGCAAGACAAUAAUAUCAGCUGUAAUUUUCGUUCUUUUAUACGACCUUCUACUACUAGUACUAUGUUAUAUUGUCAACUGUUUUGGGAACCUUUUAAAGAUGUAUGGAUGAUACUUGCUGGUUUGAAACUGGUGUUAGAGCUUUACGAGGCCUUUGCUGCUUGUUUGGUUUGAUGAACGACAUUGCUUUGAAAUUGUUUUAAUAAUUGAUAGCUUGGGUUCUUG